AUGGUCGAAGAGCUUGGCUUGGAUUUGGAUGACGAAAUGCCGUUAUGCUUAGCAGUUGCCAGUCUUGCAAGCCAGCGUCACUGUACAUCAAACAGUUUGAAGAUGGCUCUUCUAGAAAUGAUCAAAGAUAUGUCAAAUUUAGAUUUCUGGAAUGAUGAGCAACAGGAUGCACAAGAAUUCCUUACAAACAUUUUGAAUAUGAUGCAAGAAGGAUGUGAGAAAAUAUUGCGUGAACAACACAAUAUUGAUUAUCAGCAGGAAAGAAAUAAAUGA